AUGGUUUCCACUGUACGUUCUUGGUUUUCAAAACUCAAAACUGAUUUUAUAAAAAUGAUUUGAUGAGGUAUCAUUUCCAUAUGCCCUAGUGAGAAUGCAUGACUUUGCAUGGGCUUUAAAUUGUUUCUCAACAUUUUGAUUUUGAUGCAAUAUAUUUAACAAAAUUUGACUCCCCUCAGCUUUAAGUUUUGGGGUUUUAAUACUUUGCGGUCACUGCGCAAUAAUGCGUUGGUGAAAAUUAUCCAUUCCUGUCACCUGGCGCAGAACUGUGCCAGGCCCAAGAAGUCUGUUGCAGUCACUCCUCCUGGCUAGGAGACCGGAUGGGGUAUUUUGUACUGCUGGCUGUGUGACUGCAAUGUGUUAAAAAUGUUUUUUGUUGUUUAUGUUUCUAUUAUUCCCUAUUUUCGAAGAGGGUUUGACACCUAAAUGCACGGUGGUGGCGGUGUUUGCGACGUUGUGUCUGCUGAUACCCCAGUUCUACGUGCUGCUGCAGGACAAGACGACCAGAUGGUGUCCCGAACCUUUGAUGCCCCUGCUCAUCACGUCAAUCAUUUUCACAUUCUUCGUCAUUGGUUUUACAUUCCUGUUUGUCACAAUGGUUCCUGUUCCUAGAGAGGUUAAGCUCACCUUCCAUGGGUUUGGCCUGGUCACUUUCAUCACGGGAAUGAUACAGUGCGUGUCCACAUCCAAAGCCCAAGAUUGUGACUUCAGCACGCCUGAGCUCUAUGACAUUUCUUUGGCCUUGGCUGUGCUCUGUGGUGUGUCCAUAGUGUAUGUUGCGGUCCUUCUGCCCUUCUGGAUCAUAAACCAGGUGAAGCAGAAUGCAGUUCUGGACAAAGGAGAGAGGAGAGGUGUCUGUUACGAACCAGUCAAGUGUUGCUCUUGUUUGUGGCACAUCUAAUUACCUCGACACUCGUCGACAGUUCCUCUUGAUUUGUUCCACUUUGUUGAGAUUAUUAUUGAUCAUGUGAUAUCACAGAUCAGGUUGGAUGUAUUUUAUCUGAGAAGGCUGUGCAUACAGAAUAACCUAGCUGAUAACUUAUUCUCAUCAACAUGGCACAAAGAUGUAACACGCUGGGAAACAUUCAAGUCUUCAUAUGUCUUCUUUUUUACAUUUUUACAAGUAUUACAAGUGUGAUUUUCAGUCCGACAAAGGUCUUUGAUUGUGAUGAUUCAAGACAUACGCAUUUAUAAACAUGUAUCAUAAUCAAAUUAAAAAUUUAUGUCUUUGUGGAAAUUAAAGCAUUUCUGUGAUUAGAAUUAAAGCGCUUAUUUUUAAUCCUAUUUUUAUCCUGUGUGAUAUAUGAAUGUUUGAUUUAAGGCUGACACACUCUGAGCGUGUUUGCAAUGUUCUUGCAAGACUGUACCAGUAUGUUGAGUUUCACAAAUUUACGCAGUGAAUUUCCCUGUCCAGGUCCUAGCCUUGAAAAGGACCUCUCUUUAUGUUCACAAAUAUCAAAACUAAGGUCAAGCAUGACACUGAUCAUCGGAAUAAAGAAUUCAAAUUUU